CAAGCGAGGACACUGAACUACCAUGGCCUUAUUUCUCCGGGGAGUAACUCACCUUUCGUUUACCUAACAUCCAGACGCGAGUUCGAGUACAUAUAUAGCACCAUGCCACACUCGGUUUCCGCACCUUAGCGGACAACAUCACUUGACUCCUCCAAAGCUCUCUUAUCUCCCUGCUGUGGCACUCAGGUUCAUUCUUGCCCAAUGGCCCGUGAAACCAUUUUAUCCGUGCUUUCCAGACGAAACCCGACGCCGAGACCUCGCAGCAUCGGACCGGCGCCCAACACCUUCAAUAAGGAGUGGCUGGACUUCGACGACUGGGCUCCGUGGAGCGAGUUUACCGCCAGGAAGCUCCGGGCCCUCUACAGGGAUGUGGUGGAUGCCCCAUGGAAGGACGCUUAUGUUGAACCAAGGCUGUCUGAAUUCGACACUACAUACGGGGACGAGGAUGGCUUUGAACACCAGAUUCUAAGCAGAAGCACAGUCCCGGCGGUUAACGCUGCACUGCUCCAGGCGCAGAAGCUGUGCAACCACUUGCCUCUGCUUCACCUCGGCCGCAGGGGCCGCUGUCGAUACGGGGAGGACGGUCGGAUCCAUCCCGACUGGGUUCUUGUCAGCAGCAAUGAGUUCAUGUCGGACCAGAGAUUCGCCAGCAUCAUGCCAGGCGACACCAAACUGUCGGCCAGGUGGCAGCCGAAUCUCUAUCUGAAAAACCGAGAGCAGUGGAAACACCCCAUCCGGCAAGUCCUCACUUACUCCAACGAAGUGUGGUGCCGUUACGGCUUCCUCAUUACCGACAACGAAUUGGUUGUCUUUCAGUUUGCCAUAGAGCACGUGGAUCCCGGAAUCGCUACCUUCCGCAACCCACGUCAAUCGCAGCAACCCCAGCAUCAACGGGUGGUGUCGACCGUGUCAGAUUUGUCCGAUUCGGUCCAAGCGAUGUCGAUCUCUUCCCGAACCCAGUCCUACGUGGAGACAGGGAAGGGCUACGAGUACCAGAAUCCCAGGUACAGAGUCAUCCCGUGGGCGAAUCACGGGGAGGGCGACCUCACGGUCAAGUCGGCGCUCUUCUACCUCUGCAUGAUGGCAGGGUACGGAAGCAGACACGUUGCCACGGCCUACCCCAAGCUGAACACCUGGUGGUAUCUGAGCGACGGUACGCUGCGGCACAACACCACGGGAUUCACGAAGAACCGAGCCCUCUCAAAGGAUAAGCUGGAGGAUCCGAACGCAGAGAUGGCGCAGCAAGCGGGCCCCGCGGCCGCUGCAGAGUAUCCCGAGGUCGAAGAGGAGGGCCAGGACGCAGAUUUGGGAUACACUUACCAGGAGCAGCCGACGCCCUGGGGCAGCGGCGACCCGGGGCCGGCGUAUCCCCGCGACCUGACAUACGGGUCCGCUGGGGUGGACACUGAGGUAAGUGAGGCGGCCCAGGAACUCGAUGAGGAUUUUGAAGAGGAGGGUGAGAUGAGCAAGGCGGUUCAAGGAAAUGAGGACGAGGAGCACGAGCACGAGGACGAGGACGAUGGCUCAAGGGCGCCGGGGCAGGCAAUGGGAGGGAUAGGGAAGGGCAAAAACAGGGCACAGCAAUCAUCCACUUCGGUCAGUGAUCGUGUGCUGCCGAAGCUGAAGGUGAAAGCGGGGACGCCGAUUGUCAAAGUCCGCUUCACGCGCCACAAUGGCGUCGUCUGCUUCAAAACCAGGAGCGGAAAGUUGGCCGAGAUGAAGGAGAAGGAUUGGGAGUGGAUGGAGUACAAGGGCCGCCAGAUGCUGGUGCGUCGAGGAGGGAAGACGGUCUACAUCGCGGACGAUGUGUAUGUUGCCAACACGUAGCCGGCAUUUCAAGUCUCCUUUGUCAUCGCGGACGGAGAAUGGAUUUUGAUGAUACGGCGACGGCUGGGAUUGAUACCAGCGUUACACAGUACUAGGUACACAAACAGCACGUUCAGCCCUGUCCGAUCCGGGAAUAC